CCUUGUUUGCGGCUGCGCGCGCUCCUUUUCGUCUGUGACUUCGGCCUCGGUCCUGGGGACGAGUGUUGAGCGCCUGCUGCGUGCGCUGAGCGGUGCGAGGACCCGCGAGCCGGAGGGCCUGGCGAGUUCCGAAGGUCCAGCCCGCCUUAGCCCGGGAGCGCGGCGGCGGCACGUGCGAAGGUGGCGGGAGCGAUGGCGCCCCUUGGGGAAGGGAGCGAUGACCCCGUGCUGCCAGACCUGCCCCGGGGGCCCCUGGAUGCGGCCCGCGCCCGCGCCUCCUUCCCCUGGAAGGAACUGGCGCUGUUCUGGGAUGGGCCGGACAUGCUGCGCUUCAAGAAAAGCAUCUUCUCGGCUCUGGAGAACGACCCCCUCUUCGCCCAUCCCCCCGGCAGUCUCUCGCUGGAGAAGUACCGGGAACUGAACUUCCUGCGCUGCAAGCGGGUCUUUGAAUACGACUUCCUCCGCGUGGAGGACUUGCUGGGGAGCCCGCAGAGGGUCCUGGCGCUGAUCCAGUGCCUGGGCAUGUACGACUGGUCCCUGGCCACCAAGUUCUUCCUGCACACGCUGACCUUUGGAUCAGCGAUCUACAGCUCUGGUUCUGAAAGGCAUUUCAAAUACCUUCCAAAGAUCUUCAAUAUGGAGAUUUUUGGAUGUUUCGCUCUGACUGAAGUGAGUCACGGGAGUAAUACCAAGGCCAUGCGGACGACGGCUCACUAUGACCCCACCACUGAGGAACUCAUCAUACAUUCCCCCGAUUUCGAAGCCGCCAAGUUCUGGGUUGGGAACAUGGGAAAGACGGCUACGCACGCGGUGGUGUUUGCUCAGCUGUACACGCCGGGGGGCCGGUGCCACGGGCUGCACCCCUUCGUCGUGCAGAUCCGGGACCCGAAGACCCUUCUUCCCAUGCCGGGGGUGAUGGUUGGUGACAUCGGAAAGAAGCUUGGACAGAACGGCCUGGACAACGGAUUUGCCAUGUUCCACAAGGUCAGGAUUCCUCGCCAGGACCUGCUGAACCGCUCAGGAGAUCUCACCCCCGAGGGCACCUACGUCACCCAUGUUAAGGACUCCAGGCAGCACUUCAGCGAGUCCCUGGGUAGCCUGUCCUCCGGCCGGGUCGCCAUCGCGGGCAUGUCCGUCGUGAACCUAAAGCUGGCCGUGUCCAUAGCUCUGCGUUUCUCAGCCACCAGGCGUCAGUUUGGACCAACAGACCAGGAGGAAGUACCGGUGCUGGAGUAUCCGAUGCAGCAAUGGCGCUUACUUCCGUACCUGGCCGCGGCCUAUGCCUUGGACCACUUUUCCAAAUCGCUCUUCCUGGAUCUGGUGGAGCUUCAGCAAGGCCUUCUGCGGAAAGACCGGAGCGCCAGGCAGGCAGAGCUGGGACGCGAGAUCCACGCCUUGGCGUCGGCCGGCAAGCCCCUGGCCUCGUGGACGGCCCAGCGCGGAAUCCAGGAGUGCCGGGAGGCGUGCGGAGGACACGGCUAUCUGGCCAUGAACCGUCUGGGAGACCUCAGAGAUGACAACGACCCGAACUGCACGUACGAAGGCGACAACAACGUCUUACUGCAGCAGACCAGCAACUACCUGCUUGGCCUGCUGGUGCGCCGGGACCAAGGCGGUGCCCGCAUCGAGAGCCCGCUGAAGACCGUGGACUUUCUGGAAGCCUAUCCCAACAUCCUUGGCCACAGGUUCGAGGGUUCCAGCCCUGAGGACUGCUUGGACUCCUCAGUCCCGCUGGCGGCGUACGAGUGGUUGGUCUGUUACCUGCUCCGCGAGAGCUACCAGAAAUUAAAUCAAGAGAAGCAGUCGGGAAGCAGCGACUUUGAAGCAAGAAACAACUGCCAGCCCAAGACCUCGAAGAGAUGCGGGACACAGAGGUCGCCCAUUCCCACCACAUCCGAAUCCCGCAGAGCUGCCCAGGUCACCACAGGUCUCGUCUGAGGCGUUCCGUGACGCCGCCAUGCCCGCCGGCCUGUGCCCGGCACCCGCACACACGGACAGCAGCACCCGAGCGUGUGGCUUGGUCGUUUGAGGAGGAAUUCACGUUUAGACCUUCGACUGAGAACGUGGUAACGGCACUUCAGUGAGCCUCGUGGCAGAGGACAGGAGGGGCCCGCGUACCCAGCCUGGGUCCAGCCAAGACGGGUGUCCCUGGGGAGAGCCCCCGAGCUGAGGUGCGGCCAGACGGAGUGGCCGGGAUGUGGACUGGAAGGCGGCCGCGGGGCCUGGAGGGGAAGGUGACCCGAGAGGGGGGCUGCAUUCUCCAGACCUGGUCCGGAUCACGGAGCAUUAAGAGUGAGCGCUGGGUCAUCCUGACAGCCGAGAGCGCCUCAGAGCCCUGGGCUGGACGUUCAGGGUCCUGUGGAGAUGUGGCCCCCGCCCGCGUGGUGAUUGUAGCAGCAGUAGAGCAUGAGAGGGAAACUUCAGCGAAUGUUUACGUGCCCUCGGCGGGACGAGCUGCUCAAGUAUGACGGGAAACUCAGAGGCUGUGAAAGAAGAGGAAACUGCCAGCUCUGACCACACAAACGUUCCCCCUUUCUAAAUAGCCAAAGAUACUACAAGCAAAGUCAGAAGGCAGAUUACGUUCACCCUUUCUAAAUAGCCAAAGACACUACAAGCAAAGUCAGAAGACAGAUUCCAGUCUGGGGAAGCAUGAAACGUACGUAACCGACGGUAGGAAAGAGUUCCUACAGAUUGAGGGUCAGCCUGGCCCGGAAACCAGCCACUGGCCCGAGGUGGCAGCCACAGCAGCCGCUGACCAUGAACCAGGGCCAGGGAUGUGCGGGGCAGAGGACAGUGUCUGAUGGACAGGGGCCACUCCAUGCGCUGUCAGCCGAGGGUGUGGACUACUGCACCCUUUGGGGGAGGUUACCGGCUGCUUUUGUGAAAAUAUAAAGCGUGUUCACGCUUUGACUCGGCGCGGGGUAGGGGGGGAAGCUGAUAAACUUUUCUUUAUCUGCUCCUGCUGGUAAGAACUCCCAAGCAUUGAACCCAAGCCAGCUGACCCCCGGGCCCAGCUCUUUUCCACACACUGCACGGCUGAUGUCCACUCUUGGAUAGUUCAGAGUUUGUGUUUUGCCUAAAAUAUUUAUGACUCGUUAAAAUGCAAAUAUACUCGGAAGUCAGAGCACACCAGAAACUGAUGCCUGGAUCCGAAUUUUUUCCCUGGGGCUGUAGGUUUAUUGGGGGUGGGCACGCAUGAGAGGGAGGGCCCUGGCGCUGGGACCAGUGCAGGGAGGGGAACGGGCCUUCCUGGCCUCACGCGUCAGACUGCUGGCCUCUCUCUGGAGCGUUUCACGAUUACAGAGCUGCGGAAACGUUGAGUAUGGAGCAGCUUGUGCCAUGGCGGAUAGGACCACCCCUGAGUGUUUGUGUCCCCACCAUGGCCCCAGAGUGGACACCAUACGGGACCCUUUGUGGGCACUGGCCCACGUCUGUUAAUAGCGUGGUCAGAUCUGCUGGCGGCAAGGACAGGCUGUCCGGGAGAAGUCAAGGACGGGCGCCGUGUGUGAGGAUUUGGGGGGGAAGCCGAGGGCCCGGGAGCUGGAGCGAGGCCCUCACCCCUAUGCGUGUUCGGGCUGUGUGAUUUUGGGGCACCUGUCCGUGCGUUGUGGGGUGCCCAGCGGUACCCCAGGCCUGUGCCCACUAAGAUGCCAAGAGCACCCCCGAGUCGUGACAACCCAAACUGUCUGCUGACGGUGCCAGAUGCCCCGGGGGGCAAGCCGGCUCCAGUCAAGGACCCCUGAGUCAGUGGAGCCUCCUGUCUGGAGGGCGGAGCUGAUGGGAAGCGGAAGCAGAUCCGUUCUCUGUGGCUCCCGGAAUCUCGGCUCUGCCAUGUCUCCCUUCAGACACUUUCUGCCUGCCCAUGGCCUGGCGUGGCCGUCACCCUGCAUCCACGUGACCACCCAGGCCCAGCACAUAUUCUGCCCGUGCACUGUGUUCUCCACGGCUAUUAAUUCAGAUUCUCAGGCAGCAGGUCAGGUGGCCUGACGAGCGGCCAGGAGAGCCAGCCAGCCAGCCCCUGGCGCCCAGUCAGCGGGGUAGGGAGUAGAUGUGGGCUUCCUGAGCCCGCUGCUGCAUCGGGCGUCCUGGGCACGGAGGUCGCGGUGGGGCGGACCCCCAAAGCCCAUGUCCCCCAGGCGGCUCAUGGCCUCAUCUGAACAUUUCCAGAAGCACACGUAGCAGCUUCAUGCGUGUCCGCGUCCUGGGAUUGAGACAGAGUAGAAUAGCAGCCACCACCACAGAGCAGCUUCCAGGACCCCGAGCAGGUGCUGGACGCGUGAGAUGCUGUGUGAUGCUCCUCCCGGCAGCGCUUGGAGGCUGCACCCUGACGCACCCUCUUCUCCGACCAAGAAGCCUGGGCUUGGGGCGGAAACCACUUGUCCACACGGGCACAUUUGGAAAAGCCGAGUGGCUUUGGAAGCUGGUCCCCUCGACCCUGAAUCACUUCUGCGUCAGUGACUGAGAGCUCAGCGGGGCUCAGGAUGCGUUCUUCGGGUGGCGAGGUCAGAGGUGGCGCUGCCUUUCCAGGCUGCACCAGCUGAUGCCAUAGCUGAAAUGGACGUGCGCUGCUUGCACGGGAAAAUAAGAUGAACGCAACGUGAUUUAAUACGAGAAAGUCCACGUGGUUGAAAAGGAGAGAGUAAAGUGGAGAGCAUGGCGAGUUUGGAUUCAGUUCUGAGCCCGGCCUCUGGGAUUCGCAAGGGCCCCCACGCAGAGCGGAGCCCACAGCGCGUGAGCACGUUUAGGGGCGCCGGUGGUUACUGUGAUGACAUGCUCUAGCGACACAGUGAAGGGUGGACACUGGGGCCAGCCUGCCUGGGUUCAGCCGCGUCUCCACCUCUUGCCCGUUGCGUGAGCUUGUUUCAUCCGUGGGGUCCAGGGAGGAUCAAGGUGAUAAACUGCUGGCUCUUCUUAGCUUAGCGCCUGGCCUGGGGUGAGGGUGGGGUACUCCCUGCCCACCUGCGUCGUCAGCUUUCUCAGCUUCCCUCCUGUGAGCUCUCCUCCCCCAGCCUCCCCCAGCGCUCGCCCUCCAAGGGCGCACACGCCACAGCGUGUGCGAGAGGGAAGGGCACGAAGCCGCUCUGAAGGCCCCGGGCUGGCCCUCCAGGCAGGACACGGGGACGCAGGAUGUGUGCCCUCGCGGCUUCAGAAGCCCAGCGGGGUCUUGGGGUCGGACCAGGCAGACUGGCACGAGGCCGGGGAAGCAUCCUCCCCUAGAAUUUUCUCCUGAGGGCGCCUAGUCUCGGGCAGGCCCUGGGAGAGCCUCGGCCUCGGAAGUGACCAAGGGACGACCCAGUGUUUGCUCUGAAAGUCGAGAGCAGGCCUUGAAGUCAUAGCCCCUGCCCCUUGCUGACCGCACCCCCUUCCCCCCGCCCCCGCCCCGACCGCACUCUGGACCGUGCCCUGUUGAUUCUGGCUGACGUUCGGGGGCAAAGUCGGCAGGCGCUGAAUAAAGGUCUUCACCCUGCCCCAUCCCCGGUCACCUCCUUGCUGGAUUAUUUUUUUAGCGACACAAGCUACACACGCUCAUUAUAACAGAUCAGGAACGCGUCUAUAAUUGUUCUAAUAAAAAGCCAGUAAACUGAUAAAUUAGAGAUGGGGAAAGAAAGACUGUCAAGCAAAGCUAAUGAUUAGCAGCAGAUGUUUUGGAUAUUGGUUGAAAAAGAAAAAGCUGGGACCAAAAGAUCCGUGGUGACUUCCUGCUUCCACAAACGAAGCCAGCAUCAGAACUCACACGCAAGUAGAACUCGGCUGGGAACGGCUGCACAGCUUGGCCCCUGUUCAGCGGUGCCCUUGUUCCUGGAAGUGAUAGGAGAGUGGGAGAGAAAGGCUGAUCCCUAGAAACUUGCGAGGCGGGGCAGGGGCGUGGCCACGCCCUUGGAGGAGCUGACGUCACUCUCAGGUGAGCCCCCGGAGUAGCCUUGUCCGUGGCUACUUGAGAAUUGACCUUGUGCUCUCAGGGAGCCCACCUCCUGGAGACGCCACUGCUCCGCAGUGCCAGGCCGCGCUGGACAAGCCCGCCGUGCCUGUGUGUUGGCUGCGGGGUCACCCCGCGUCCCAGAUGGGACUGAGCUGAGAGGUCGCCGGGCCUGAGGUCCGGAGCCGCUGCAGCGGGGCUUGUGUGCCUGCAGGCCUUUCCGCGGUGCUUCCCCAGAGGCACUGCCCGGCCCCGUCUGGCCCCUGCUGCACUAGUGCUGCUGGCACGCAGACCGUGGUGUGUGUUCCCUAACGCGGUGCGCUGUGUU